UCAUCAAAGCAGAAAAAACGACCCCUUCUUACUUUCUCUUUCGCGGGGUCUCCACUAAAGAAGCAUAAAGCAAACACACUUGUGUGACACAGUUACAAUUAAUUGGUCUUCACUCUUCAAAUGGAAACCUAUCAAUAUCCACCGUCAUAUCCAGAUUCCGGUAACUCAUCGCCGCGUUCAAGAGAUAUUGAUUUCGACAAUCCAGCGUCAUGGGAGGAGCAGCAGAACUACAAAGCCAAGUUCAUGUGCAGCUACGGCGGGAAGAUCCAACCACGCAGCCACGACAAUCAGCUUUCCUACAUCGGCGGCGACACCAAAAUAUUAGCCGUCGACCGCAACAUCAAGUUUCAACACUUCUUCUCCAAACUCUCCUCCCUAUGCGAAGCAUCUCAACAAGAUUUAAGCUUCAAGUACCAACUUCCGGGAGAAGAACUCGAUGCUCUUAUAUCCGUCACAAACGAAGACGAUCUCGAACACAUGAUGCAUGAAUACGAUCGUCUCUAUCGUCCUUCUUCAAAACCUGUUCGAAUGAGGCUUUUCUUAUUCAUAUCUCCGAAUUCGGCUUCUGUUUCUCAACCCGACCCGCUUAAACCUCAAUCCAACGUUGAUUUCCUCUUCGGCCUCGAAAAUAAAACCCUAGCUCCACCGCUUCACCCUCCUUCUUAUGCUCCUUUGCCCGAUCUUGUCGCUCCGACUCCUCAGUAUCCGCCACGUGCACUCGCCGAUGAUAGGGUUGAGAUUCAGGAGCAGUUACAGCGUUUGCAGGUUUCUGAGAAUGAACAAUCCUUGUAUCGGAGAAGUGGAGAUGGAUUCUCCGGAGGUUAUGCCGCGGCUCCCGGUGGCGAUUAUUACUUGCAGAAGAUGUCAGAGAAAGUUGCACCGUCUAAUUCGCCUACUGGUGUUCCUCAUCCCGUGGGUUACUGGCCAGAAAAGCAAUUUUCUACCGAUAGUUUUUCGAUUUCAGGGACGAACAAUUCCGGUGGAGGUGACCAGCAGGUUUACAUGAUACCGGCGCCGGGGACAUUCUAUCACACAGCUCCGGUGAUGCGUCCGCCGACAGCGCAGGUGAAUCAGGGGUACUACGCGAUGCAGGGAAUGGUUUCUGAUGGAUACCGGGAACAGCAGGUGUACGGCGGUGUUCCGCCUCAGCAAGCAACGUUUUCAUCAGCGGGUCAAGCACCGACUCAGCCGGUCAAACCCUCGGCGUAUGCGGAAGGAUACAAUGUAGUUAGGCCAGGUGGUGUACCGGAUAAUGCGGGCGCUGCUGGGUAUGCGCAGGUGGCGUAUGAUAGUGCAAGUGGGAGACAUUUUUACUAUACUGCGCCAGGAGGGAUGGUCCACGCGCCGCAAUACCAAGGGGUUGCUCCGGUUUUCAGCAAUGACAUGAGACCGACUACGGUUCCUGUGGGUCAGGAUCCUAAUAAUAGAGGGGUAAGUAAGGGUUCACAAGGAUCUGUGUGAUUAUUGCUGUCAUUAUGUCAAAUAAUACGCACGAUAUGCGUUGCUUCUCGAGAUCGAUAUUAUAAAUUUAAAUGAUUGGAAUAUUGUUUUUUUUUGUUUUUUGUAAUAUUAUUGCUAUUUUUGUCAAAAAAGUGUCAUUGCUAUUGUUUAGA